CUGACAUGACUUUUAGUGAAUUGAGUUCAUGCCCUGCGUAGAGGUUUCAGUGUAUUCACUUGUAGGCUGAGAAUUUUGGUUGUUUUUUUCGUGAAGUCCGUGUGAUUGUGGGAGUUCUGUAAGCAGAACGUCAACAACAGCGGAGCAUGUACGGCAACACGAUUCAGUCAAACUUUAUGGAAUGACACGAAUUGACUCUGACAAUUAAACUAUGCUGGUCGUAUAAUAAUACAAUUUUUUAAUGGUCAGUCACGAUAUAUUCAUUCCUGUUCUGUCCAUUUGCGCGUGAUAUAAUAGAAGGGGUAAUGAAAUAAAAUAUGCAAAUAUUAGGGGACUUUUGUUUUGAAAUGCAGCACGAGAGUUUACCUCUUUUGGUGGAGUGGGCCUUCGCGGAGCCCAACAUACGUUCUCGUUCGUAUUUUACGUAUCCACACGCGCUUUUAAAUCAUUCCGAAUUUGGGCCAAAUGAGCGUACUGAAGCCUCAAUGCAAGUCGUCCAUCACUACUUCACCGGACUGAAAAAUUCCUGUGUCUGUGUUCAAUCGUUUCGGUGCACGUCGAAGCUACUCGGCCUCGGUUAGCUUAGCUUAGUUUAGCUUGAUAGCCACAAACAAAGAGACGCAUUUGUGAUCAACACAUCGCGAAGCAAAGAUCAAGUGUUAGCGUAAAGCUUUACGAUUAUCGUGAGAAAAUGAGCUCAAGAAGGACAACAGGGUGCGAGGAGGAGCUUUAUAGACCAAAAGAGGAAAACGAGCGACCAUUUCAACUGCUGGACGCCAUUUGCAACAUGCAACCAAGAGUUGCGUUCGGCACUGCAGACAUCAGUGAAGAUGUUCAGCCGGAGCGGCAGGAGCCAGCGACCCCUGACAUUAAGGAGGAAGAGGAGGAGGAAGAGGUUCCCAACUAUAAUGAGGAGGGAAACGAGCCCCCCUACAUCAAGGAAGAGGCUAUCUGCAAGUUACCAUCAACUGGCAUCACUUUGAAGAGUAAAUAUAAAUGUCAAAGUGAGAUGAGCAGACGGGUGGAGCCUACGAGCAGCACCUCAUGUCAACGCAUGACAACAGAAGGUGAUGGUGACCACCGUGGAGGAUCACAAGCAGACGGCCUCAUCGCUCCACUGUCAGAUAGUGAUGACAUGUCACAUGCGACUCAUGGGGAUGAUCAUGAUGGUGAUGAUGAUGAUGAUGAAGAGUCUGAAGGUGAUCUGAUAUGUCACACUGAAAACAAACACUGGCAGUGUUCUCAGUGUGGGAAAAGCUAUGCUUAUAAGAGCCGUUUAAAACAACACAUGAGAACACACACAGGAGAGAAACCUUUUUCCUGUUCGGUUUGUGGGAAAAGAUUUUCGAGGAAGGGACAGGUAAUGAGCCACACAAGAACCCAUACUGGCGAGAAACCGUUUACCUGCUCAGUUUGUGGCCAGAGUUUUUCUCAGCGGGUGAGCUUAAUCAGUCACACAAGAACCCACACUGGUGAGAAACCGUUUUCCUGCUCAGUUUGUGGCCAGAGUUUCUCUCAGAGAGGAAACUUAAUAAGUCACACAAGAACCCACACUGGCGUCAAACCUUUUUCAUGCUCAGUUUGUGGCCAAAGAUUCUCUCUUAAGGGAAACUUAAUGAGUCAUAUAAGAACCCACACGGGUGAGAAACCGUUUUCCUGCUCAAUUUGUGGUCAAAGAUUCUUUCGAAAGACACACUUAAAAAUACACACAAGAACCCACACUGGUGAGAGACCCUUUACCUGCUCAGUUUGUGGUCAGAGCUUCUCUCUUAGCACAAAGUUAAAAAUACACAAAAGAAUCCACACAGGUGAGAAACCUUUCGCCUGUUCGGUUUGCAGUCAAAGAUUCUCUCAAAAGACUAACUUGAAAAUACACACAAGAACCCACACUGGAGAGAAACCCUUUGCCUGCUCCGUUUGCAGUCAAAGAUUCUCACAUAAGAUAAGCUUAAAAAUACACACGAGAACCCACGCUGCAGAGGAACCUUUUGCCUGCUCAGUUUGUGGCCAAAGAUUUUCUCAGAAGGAGAAGGUCAAGAGACACAAGUGUGCCGGUGAGGAACGCUAUAAUCAAGCUUAAAAUGCAAAUCUACCCAUUUAACACAGAGAAGAUUUACCAUCAUACUUAUGUGACGGGUGUCACGACAGAUUGUGGCAGUCUUUAGCUCCACAUUGCUGUCUCUUCAACAACACUUGAUACUUGGGUGAAUUUUGGCUUUUCUUUUAAUGGCACUCUGCAACACAGUAUGACGGGAGCAAUGGUGAAGUCGCAUUGGAUCUUGGACAUAACUGCGCAACAGACAAGCACUUUCAACUCAACGUGUAAAACCUUCUACUCAACAAAACGUAAAUUACAUAACAAUACAAAAAGCAAUGUGGACUCAGAACGAAUCACAGGAGUAAUUUAACACAUCACACAAUAGAAAAAGAAAAACAAUGUGAAAUAUUCUUAGAAAAUUAUGAAUGAAUGUGGACCAUCAACGAGAUGCGACUUCCUCAUAGCUCUGCCUGAGCUAUGGUGGGAAGCUGGUGCCAUACUGUGCGCUGUUGCGUCACUUCCGUCAUAAUUUAAUAAACAUCAUGUAUCACUCCAUUACACUUAUUCACAACAAUCUCUGUUAUUAUAUUCUGUGUACCAUGUUGUGUUUUUGCUGAUCAGAAUCAGAUUUAGUGACUAUGUAUGCAAGAAACACACAAGGAAUUCACUUCCCAGUUACAACCCGUUCAGAGAAACAUCGACAAGACUGACAUGGGCAAGACAGAACGAGGAGUCUGGCAUGUCGCUGUUAAGCACCCCGAUAUCUUAGAUAUGGAAGGAAAACAGUCGGGAAUAUGAGGAGGACAAAAAAAUACGAUAGACUCCAACCAUUCUGUUAAUGGGAGGAUGUUUUGAGCCAGAGGGGAAAAAACUGCACAUGUAGCGUACAUUUAAAAACAGUCCCACAAUUCUCAAGACAUCACACGAAUACAUUAUUGUAGUUUUUGUGUCUUCUUUAAGACUCUUGGGGGCUUCACAGUGGUGCUAAAUUUCUUUCAGUACUGCAUGAACUUUGUAUAAUGUAUUAAUGUCCAUAUGAAGUCACUUUGGACGUGCAAGUGUAAAUGUAAUUGUGAAUAAAUGUCAUACAUCAAACAUUGA